AUGAGCGAUCCUGAUAAGAAAGAGGACGCUCCCGUUCCUGCCUGGCAGCAACAGCAACCCAAUGAUGGCUCCACUCUAGACCAUGCUCGCCUCUUCCUUCAAGACGAGGAGGUCCGCCAGGCCAGUCGCGAGAAGAAGAUAACAUUUUUGCGCAGCAAGGGAGUUUCCGAUGCCGACAUUGAAACACUGCUGGGGGAUGAUGAGAGCAGUAGUGGUACUAGCAGCACCAGCCAUACCACGGCAGCUACACCGGCAUCACAAGAAGAAGCUACAGCACCGCAAUCGCAACCACAACCGCAACCUCAAUCACAAAUACAGCAGCAGCAACAGCAGCAGCAGCCAUUGCAACAACAAUCACAACCAGCCCAGAAGUCCGACCAGCCGCCGAUAGUAACCUACCCCGAGUUCCUCACCAAACCCCCGCGGCCACCCCCUCUCAUAACCGCCACCACCUUCCUCAAUACAGCCUCCGCCUUUGCCGGCCUAGCCACCCUCAUCAUCGGCACGUCCAAGUACGUGCUGUCCCCGAUGGUCGAGUCCCUGACCGACGCCCGCAUCGACCUGCACCGCACUGCCUCGGGCGGUCUGAGCCGCAGCAUCGAGAAGCUUGAGAGCAUCGUGUCCGAGGUCCCACCCCUACCGGUCGCCAGCGCGCAGGACAAGACGGGCCGGGCAGCAAAGAGGACGGAAGACCACGACGCGGCGAGCAGCGACGGCGGCGACCCGACGGAGCUCUUCCACCGCGACGUGGGCGUGCAGACCUCUCCGCCGCAGACACCCUCCGCCACGGCGACGCAAAAGCCCUCGUCCAUCGAGUCCCAAGCGACCCGGCUCGCCAAGCUGACGGCGUCUGUGCGCGAGAUGUCGGCCUCGUACGCCACCACGGCCGAGACGCACGAGUCGACCAGCGCCGUGCUCGGCAAUCUGGCCGCCGACGUCGACAAGCUCAGGACGCCCGUGGCCACCAGGCCGGCGGGGACCGUCUAUUACCGCGCCUUUUCCGAGCCCGACGACCAGGUCAAGGCCGUUAAGCAGAGCAUCAGAGGCGUCAAGGGCGUCUUGCUCAGCGCCAGGAGCUUCCCGCCUCCGCAGGGGUCUACGGUGCGGUGA